UAUCCUGAAUCCGAGAGCUAUAAUUUCAAAAGAAUACAGGUCAGUAUCUAGGAUGCAGUGCAUCUCAUACUGAGCAUCAAUGUAUUUCCCAGCAUGUGAACAAACAGCCUGCCACAAGUGUGUGAAAAAAGCCUGCCAUGAAAUCCCAAAGUAGCAAUGGAAAUGAGUCUACUUGAAGCUACUCUUUGUGAUGCAGAUGUGUUACACAGGUUGCCAUAGUAGCUGCAUCCAUAACAAAAGGGAGCCAGCUGCAGGGCAGAAGUAGGUCAGACUGGUCUAAAUAAUACUCAUUUUGAUCAGAAAAAGCACAUCCAGAUCAGUGAGGGAAAGAAGAGGAGAAAUGGGAAGGCUAAAGACAAGAGUUAAGGAUGGAAAGUUAUGAUGUUAAAAAAGAGAGAAAGAGAAAAGGUCUCUUGUUCUUUUCAGGCCAAGAAACAAAUUCAGAGGCAACCUUUUAACUGGACAUUUAUAUUAAGUUUGUCUUAAGACAGAUCUAAAAGAGUGUGCAAUUGGUAGUAAAUGGCCCAACUCCAUUUUGUUUCUAGAGGGGCAUAAAUCCUCUCACAGUUAACAGCCCAAUCCAAUGCAUAGUUUACUUGAAGCAUAUCUGACUAAAUUUAAUGGGACUUCCUCCCAGAACUUUCUUCUGUAGGACUCUUAUUGACAUCCUCCAUCCCUAGCUCUCCUCAUCAUGGAAACCAUUUCUCAAAUUAUGCAGGAUGUGCGUGAUUACUGGGCUGAUCAUUUUUCUCAAAGAUUUGUACCCAGGCGGCCGACACUUCGCCAAACAACCUCUUUGUCCACUUACUAUCUGUUGGACUACAAAACCCGGCAAGCUGAACUAGGGAUGGAUUAUGGCCCUCCAAGUACUCAGCUGAACAAAGCCAAGUUUGUCUUCCAGGAGGGUGCGUGGCAGGGUGAUGGUGUCCCUCCGCAGAUGCCCUUACUACAGUUAUAUUCCUCCUCCUCUCAUCAUGAUAAGGAAUCACCUAACAAGGCCCUGAAGAAAGCAAACAAGGCUCUACUGGAAGAGAACAAUUACUUGAAGCUGCAGCUUGAGCUGCUAAUGGACAUGCUGACAGAGACCACAGCACGACUACACUCAGUAGAGAAAAAGCUGGACAUGACUUCAUGGCACCCAAAGAUUAAGAAGCCAAGCAAGGUGCUGAUGCUCCGGUCUUAAUAAACAUCUUGGACCCAAGACCAGAGAGAAUUGUAUUUCUGAAGAAGUUUGCCUUCCCAUGUCCAGACAUUAAAUAAAAUCUUGAAGAAAAUGA